CAUCUGUUUAAUGCCAGAAUCGCAUCUGUUGCAUUUUCCAUUUGGAAUGCAAUAAAAGCUAGGAUAGGAAUCUGACUAGAUUAUAUUUCUUCUUUGAAUAAAUCACAGAAGUCAUUAAAAUGAGGGGCCUUUUGGUGUUGUUCUUCUUGGCAUGCGUUAUGGUUGCGAGUGUGACUGCUGAUUGUGGAGAAUUUGCAUCCUGUGGUGACGGUGCAUGCUGUGCAGGAUCAUCUUAUCACCGAACUUGCCGACCUUUAUCCAAAAAUGGCAUGCCUUGUGAGCCACGUCAUAAUGGAGAUCAAUAUCAAACUGCAUGUCCUUGUGAAGAAGGCUUGAUUUGUAGUGUUAUCCGCAGAUGCCAGUCAGCCAACUCUCUUCCUCUGCAAUAAAGGUUUUUUUGAGAAAUGGAUCAAGUGCAAUAUAAGAAUAAUUUGCUUAUAGAAUCGACAAAAGGAAAAAAAAUCAUUGUUUUAUUUGUGCCGAUAAUUUUAAAUCACAUUUAGUUCUUGGAUAUAAAAUAGUUUAUUAAAUAA